AUGAAGCUCCGCGUUGCCUGCAUUCUGCUGGGCGCGACCAUCGUGGGUCUCUCGUCCGCCACGGCCCCCGAUCCAGCGUACGACGUACCGGCCGAAGGUCAAACGGCAAGCUGCACCAUGCAAGACGGCCACAAGCUCUCGAUGCUCAGAUUUACCAGCAAGAACAGGAACUUCCCCACGUACCUCGUCUGCCUCGACACCCCGCAGCACUGGCGUGUCACCAUGCCCGACAGGAGGACCGAGUACGUCUGGAAGUUUGACUGGGGAAAGCCCGAGCACUUCCACUGGGCUCUGUAUCCCAACGAGUGCAAGACGGGCUGCGCAGGCCCCGUGAGGGGUACCAGGACAGACAGGGGCAGCUGCUACGUCUUGCAAAUUAACCAGGUCGGAAACGAAGCCCUCAGGUUCAGGACCCUCGUCCAGGCCUUCAAAGACGGCGCCGACUCGACUCUCCAUUUCCAGGUCGGCAUGCGCGAGUGCAGUCACCGCUGCUGA